GGUGACGCCAAGGCCCAGACGGAAGUGCGGGCGGAGGAGCCCGAGCCGGAUCCGGAGCCCGAGCCGGAGCCCCAGCCGGGAGCAGGUCUCGGGGGCUCCGGGCUGUGGGAACCGCUGGGCCUGGCAGCGAUGGCGACCUUGUGGGGAGGCUUCCUUCGGCUUGGCUCCUUGCUCAGCCUGUCCUGCCUGGCACUCUCAGUGCUGCUGCUGGUGCAGCUGUCAGACGCCGCCAAGAAUUUCGAGGAUGUCCGAUGUAAAUGUAUCUGUCCGCCCUAUAAAGAUAAUUCUGGGCAUAUUUAUAAUAAGAACAUAUCCCAAAAAGAUUGCGAUUGCCUUCAUGUUGUGGAUCCCAUGCCCGUGCGCGGGCCUGAUGUAGAAGCAUACUGUCUACGCUGUGAAUGCAAAUAUGAGGAAAGAAGCUCUGUUACGAUCAAGGUUACCAUUAUAAUUUAUCUCUCCAUUUUGGGCCUUCUGCUUCUGUACAUGGUGUACCUUACCCUGGUUGAGCCCAUACUAAAGAGACGCCUAUUUGGACACUCACAAUUGAUACAGAGCGAUGACGAUGUUGGGGACCACCAGCCUUUUGCAAAUGCUCACGACGUGCUGGCCCGCUCCCGCAGUCGAGCCAAUGUACUGAAUAAGGUAGAGUAUGCACAGCAGCGCUGGAAGCUUCAAGUUCAAGAGCAGCGAAAAUCCGUCUUUGACCGUCAUGUUGUCCUCAGCUAACUGGAAAUCAAAUUGAAGGUGUUUAGAAAGAAAUGAGGCAGACAACUGAAAAAAAUAGACUGAGUUUUCCUGGGUUUUGUUUUACUACCCUGUUGAGUUCACUAACUCUUGCUGGGAAAUUCAGAAUUGGAAACAAAAAUGUGCUUGGUAUUUUCUUUUCUUGUUAACGUAUUAAUACAGACAUUUUUAAGAGCACACACCUCAAUGUCGGCCAAUUAACCUUCUUCCUAUUUGUGACUUUUACUAAUAAAAAUAAGCCUGCCUAUAAAUUAUCUUGAAGUCCUUUACCUGGAACAAGCACUCUCUAUUUCAUCACACAGUUUUAACUUGGUUUUCAAGAUAAUUUUCAGGUGUUUUUUUUGUUGUUGUUUAUUUGUUUGUUUGUUUUUCUUUCUGGCAGGGGAGGGCAGGGAUGCUGGGAAGUGGUUAACAUAACUUUCCUCAAGUCACUUUACCAAACAAGCUUUUGUAAAUAGAUUCAACAUUCUAUUUUCAAGUUUCAUUUCUAUUUUGCAGUGUAGCCAGCCUCAUCAAAGCCCUGACUUACCCAUUUGAAUUUUGCACUGACUAUAUUAUCUAGGUAUCUGGUUGGCCUGUGACUGCACUUCAUGGUAAAGUGGAUCUGAACUACCUGGUGGCUCUUCAUAAAAUGCAUAUUUUCUUCAUGUACUGUGAUGUCUGAUGCAAUGCAUCCUAGAACAAACUGGCAAUUUGCUGGUUUACUCUACUGACUAAACAUAGUCCAGUGUGUGUGUGGUCUUUCUCAUCUUCUAGUGUCUCUAAGGAUGAAUCCUAAGAGCUUGGACACUUGCAAUAAAGGAAUUUUCUUUGAACCCCAAGCAUCUCUGGAUUGGUGACAUACACACAUUUGUCAACGUUUCCGGUCAGGUGGGGAGGCAGCUGUUUGAGCUCUAGUGUGUGCAGCUUUGAACUAAGACUGGAGUUCCUUUCUGGGUGCCUCUCUCUGAGAGGUAUAACAGUUAUUGGAUAACUGGCUUUUUUCCUCCUAUGUCCUCUUUGGAAUGUAACAAUAAAAAUAAUUUUUAAAACA